AUGAGUCGCAAAGCGAGUCAACGCGGAGAUGAACCUGUGGUGGACGAUGAAAGAGUUUUGAUACUGACCGUCAACAACAACGGAACCAGUGGUGCGAUCAAGCGCUCAAAGCUCGACCGCCACCCUGUUGCAGUGAGCGGGAAGACAGCAGCCAAGUGGUCCGACGACUCGGUGACCUGUAUGUUUCGACUCCGGUUUGUGCAACUGGCCCACAAGUUUGAAAACGUAAAGAACAAUCAAAUGCGCCGCGAUGCGUAUGAAUUACUUGCUGCCGAACUCUCCGUGGAGGUGGAUCAAGUAUUAAGCGCAGAACAAGUUCAAAACAAGGACAUCCACACACGUCACUCAGAGAACUGCCACACACAUUACCCGGAGGACAGCCACACAUAUCACCCGGAGGACAGCCACACAUACCACCCGGAGGACAGGCACGGGCUCCACCGUAGCCACAAUGUGGGCAGUCACACACAGGACACGGAAUACAGCCACACACACCAUCAGUGA